UAAACUGGCAGUCGCGCCUCUUGCCCACGUGACCGGGAAGGCGCGUGACGGGCGCGGCGGGAUGGAGGCGGCGGAGCCGCCGGGCGCUAGCGGGAGUGGGGAUAGUGGCAAUGUGUCACAGAGCCAGAGCAACGCCUCGGAGCUCGGGGACGAAGGGGACGCAGUGGAGCUGCUGCUGAGCCGCGCCGCUGCCGGCUACGUGGAACUUCUGGACAAGAGCCUGGAAGACUUGCUGACGCGGGUGGACGAGUUUGUGGGGAUGUUGGACAUGAUUCGCAACGAUUCCUCCCAAGUUGUUCAUGAAAGCGUACCUCAGAUUCAUAUGAAAGCAACAGAAAUGAGACAGAUCUAUAGGAAGAUUGACAAACUAGAGGCCUUUGUAAAAAUGGUUGGAAAUAAUGUGGCUGGAAUGGAAGAACGAGUCGCAAAGGCAGAAACAGAUCUGGGCACCUUUCCAAACACCUUUAAAAAAAUCUUGCACACAAUCAGUGUCCCGUCAUUUCUUAAUAAAUCGUCUUCCUCACGGCAACCUCAGACCCUGUAUGAACCUCCAGCCCUUUUCAAGACUGAAGACUACUUUACUUGUCUCAGUGAACCACCUUAUUCUUGAGACUGCUUUAGGGUUGACAUGAAUCCUCAAGAAGAAAAAAUGUCAAGUGAACAAAUGAAGUGCAAGCCACAAAGCUGCUGCAUUUCUGUGCAUAUCAUUGGAUUACUGCCUUUCUGAUUUUGUGCCACUGUCCUCAGACAGUAUUAUAAGCAGACUGGUUAUUUUGUGUACUAUAUAUAUGCAUUGAUUUCAGAAGUCUUCCUAAAACAGAGCUAUAAACUUUCAGGUGUUGAAAUUGUUAGAUGUGUGGGGGAAAAGAAUGAGUAAAGACACACACUCCUGCAAAGGGUUUUGCAUUUUUAACCCUUCUCUACAAACAUGGAUAAAAUAGGAAAUACACUGGUUUGUACUGUUAACACUUUAGAUUCCAUGCUGCUGUCACUCUUACAUCUGUCCCACAAGGUUGCUGUUUUUUAAGUAGCCAUGUGGUAAUUGAGUAAAGAGAAGCACAAAAGCAAUGUCUUGGGUCCUCUUCUCCACAACAACUGGGGAAGAAAUGUACUGUAUUAAAUAUACAUAGGAGUAAGAGCUCCAAUUGUUUUCUAACCUAACUCAAGCAGACUCUGCAGAGGAAAAACAGUAAAUGAGAUUGUUGUAGAAUAUCAAGUUUGAUGAUCUGAACUUGAACAUUCUCUUUGGUACUUAUCUACAACCAUCACUUUUGUAAAUAACUGCCAAAAUUAUAUAUAUGAGAUUACCAAAGCUCUUGUAAUUUAAUGGAUUUAAUUAAAGUUUAAAUACUUU